AUGACAUCUCCAGCCAAUUCCCCACCCUCCUCAGUCCCCUCCUCACCCCGUCGUAGCCUCUUCUCCCUGCCCGGACUAUCCAAGAAGAACCACCACCCUUCCUCCACCGACGGCAGCACCACUCCCGGAGGUCAAAUCACCCAAAUCGCCCAGACGCCCAUCCUCGAAUCCUCCAACCCGCUCGAAAAGUCUUCUAUCCCCGCCGAAGCCCGCGAACAACAAAUUGUCGGUGUUCCGGGUGCAAAACUCUCUUCCGAAUCCGCUAAGAUCCUUAUCGCACUCGAUGGAACCGAGGCUGGCGACAAAGCCUACAAGUACCUCCUCGAGAAUAAAGUCCUCAAUACCGACAGCCACGUCUUUUUGUGCACUGUUUUGCCGGCAAAUAUCAUUUCGACGCCCUGGGUUGCGGGCCCGCUAACUAUCGAUACAGAGAAACACAACGAGCUGUUGAAGCAGAUUCGAGCACAGGCGGUCGAGAAGUUGGAGCCCUACAAACAGCAACUCAAGCAGAAAGGGUUUAAUGUAACAAUUCACGUAUUGCACGGUGACGCAAGAGCAAGUUUGGUAAGGGUAGCAAACUAUCACCACGUCGAUUUGGUAUUGGUGGGUAAGAGAGAGAGGAACUGGAAGAAAGGUUUGACUACGUCGGGGACUGUCAGUAGUUAUUUGGUUAGUCAUUCAAGUGCGCCGGUGCUUGUUAUCAAGUAG